AUGUCGCAUACACACUCCCACGACGGUAUUGGGGGCCAUUCGCAUGAUGGCUUCUCUGCUGCUGAGCAUGGCCACUCCCACGAGAUUCUUGACGGACCUGGCAGCUACUUGGGCCGGGAGAUGCCUAUAGUAGAAGGUAGAGAUUGGAGCGAACGUGCUUUCACGGUCGGCAUUGGCGGUCCAGUUGGGUCGGGUAAGACCGCCCUCAUGCUAGCCCUCUGCCUCGCUCUGCGCGAGAAAUACUCCAUAGCGGCCGUGACGAACGAUAUCUUCACUCGCGAGGACGCCGAGUUCCUCACUAGACACAAGGCCCUUCCUGCGCCACGGAUCCGCGCAAUCGAGACGGGAGGCUGCCCGCACGCGGCUGUACGUGAAGAUAUCUCGGCAAACCUGGCGGCCCUGGAGGAUCUCCACCGCGAGUUCGGCUCCGACAUACUGCUUAUCGAGUCCGGCGGCGACAACCUUGCUGCAAACUACUCGCGCGAGCUGGCCGACUACAUCAUCUACGUGAUCGACGUGAGUGGAGGUGACAAGAUCCCUAGAAAGGGCGGACCAGGAAUCACACAGAGUGAUCUGCUGGUCGUAAACAAGACGGAUCUGGCAGAGGCCGUUGGGGCCGACUUGGACGUCAUGGAGAGGGAUGCCAGGAAGAUGCGCGAGGGGGGACCGACGGUCUUUGCGCAGGUCAAGAAGGGCGUCGCCGUGGAUCACAUCGUCAACCUCAUCGUCAGUGCUUGGAAGGCAUCUGGUGCCGAGGAAGAGCGGAAGUCGAAGGGCGGGCCCAAGCCGACCGAAGGCCUCGAAACACUGGUCUAG